CGCCUUUCUCUACAUCCUGAAAAGGACUUACUUCAUUUCCUUGAGUAUUUUUGAUCGAACAGCUCCAUCGCACGGGGAGUUGAGUGGUGGUAAACAACGAUUUUUUUUGCACUUUUGCAUCUCCAACAAACAGAGAGGGCCUGUAGAUAACACAAACAUGUCGCACACAAUUUUGCUUGUCCAGCCGACCAAGAGACCAGAGGGCCGCACAUACGCUGACUAUGAGUCCGUGAAUGAAUGCAUGGAAGGUGUUUGCAAAAUGUAUGAAGAGCAUCUAAAGAGGAUGAAUCCCAACAGUCCCUCCAUCACGUAUGAUAUUAGCCAGUUGUUUGACUUUAUUGACGACUUGGCAGACCUGAGCUGUCUUGUGUACAGAGCGGACACUCAAACAUACCAACCAUACAACAAAGACUGGAUUAAGGAGAAGAUAUAUGUCCUGCUGCGACGUCAGGCUCAGCAGGCGGCAAAGUAGAGGCAUCGGUGACAGGUGUGAAUACUGAUGCCCUCCUUACACCAACUCAUCCCAGGAGAAUAAUUUUCAACAUUUCAUCUGUUGUUCUUAUACCACCCUGAUGUGAAGUUGUUUUUGUAAACAUUUUGUUUUGUGCAGUAUCUGAUUUAAACUUUCCUGCUUUCUUUCAUUUUAAGUAAAUAAAACAUUGUUUUCUGA